UCGAAUAUGACUUUAAUUCUACCGCUCGUAUUAGUGUUCUCCGCGUUAUUUUUGCUGUACAAGUAUUUGACGCGGAAUAAUAGUUAUUUUCGUGACCGAAAUGUCCCACACCGCAAACCAAUUCCGAUUUUCGGUAAUCAACUGAAAUUAAUGUUUCAGCUGGAAAGUGCUCCGGAUAAUUUGAUAAAUGUCGGCAAUGAGUUUCGGAAUGAGCCGUAUGUGGGACUUUUUGAUUUUUCGCAACCAUCACUUUGCAUCCAAGAUCCCGAAAUGAUAAAACAGUUGGGCAUCAAACAUUUUGAAAAUUUCGUAAAUCAUCGAAUUUUUGGUGAAAGUAACGCUGAUGAGUUAUUUUUGAAUUCUUUGUUUAUGAUGAAAGACCAAAAAUGGAAGGAUAUGCGAGCGACAUUGAGUCCGGCAUUUACUGGCAACAAAAUGCGCAUGAUGUUCCACUUGGUGAAACAUUGUGCGGAAAAUAUGGUUUCAUACUGUCAUGAACAAUGUGGAGAUACUGAGAUAAUGACAGUGAAACCACGGGAAUUGUUUACAAAAGUAACCACAGAUAUAAUUUCCACGUGUGCCUUUGGUUUGGAAGUCGAUUGCUUGCGCGACCCAAAUAAUGACAUCUUCAAAAAUGCGAAAAAAAUACUCGACUUUGACCAUCCACUUCUCAUGUUUAAAUUUUUAUUCAUCAUGAUGAUGCCCAAAGUCGCCAAAUGGAUGAAGAUGUCAGUCACGCCGCACGAAACAACAAAUUUCUUCAAAGAUUUGGUCAGAGACACGAUUGCAUAUCGCAGAAAAACCAACACGUACCGUCCAGAUGUCAUCCAGCUGUUGAUAGAGGCCAUGGAUGGCAAGUUGAAGCAUGAUACAGAAAAAAAUGAUGAAGAUGCGGGACUUGCGACAAUUCAAGAGUCCGACAUUGGCAAAAAAGAUGGAAGACGUGACUGGACCGAUGGCGAAAUUGCUGCUCAAUGUUUCCUCUUUUUCUUAGCUGGCUACGAAACGACAGGGACUUUAUUGAAUUUCGCGGCAUAUCAACUAGCGGUGGAUCAGGAAGUGCAAGCGAAACUUUACGACGAAGUCCGAGAGACGGAAAAUAAAUUAAAUGGCGAAACUGUAAGUUAUGAGGAACUCAUGAAGAUGCAAUAUUUGGAUGCAUUCAUUUGUGAAUGUCUUCGAAUGUUCCCGCCGAUGGUCGCUAUUGAUCGAGUUUGUAAUAAAGAUACCACAAUUGAAGAUGGCAAAGGAAAUAGUUUCACGAUACCCAAAGGAAUGACCAUAUUUUUCAACACUUUUGGCGUUCAUUACAAUCAUAAAUAUUAUCCGAAUCCUGGAAAAUUUGAUCCGAAUCGCUUUUAUGGAGAAAAUAAGAAAAAUAUACAGCCACAUUUGUUCAUUAGUUUUGGAAUUGGACCACGGGCGUGUGUUGGUUCUCGUUUCGCAUUGAUGCAGAUGAAACUCAUACUUUAUUAUAUGAUUGCAAAUUUUUCAUUUGAGAUUUCCGAAAAGACGAUUAUUCCAUUGCGAUUUGCUAAAAGCGUGCGAUUCGAGCCCGAAGGAUGUGUUGUUGACUUGAAAAAACGUAUUAAAUUAGACUUGUUAUCAUGAUAAAGUAUAU